CCUUACAGACCAGAGCCGGCAUAUUUCCGAUCCCUGGAUUCGGACGACUAUUCAGAGGACGAGCACUAUAUAGCGAACUAUAAGCCAUCAAACAAGAAGAAACCGAUGUUAAAGAUCAAGGAUUUGCACCAAAUGAAGAUCAAUCGCGGAAUCGGUCAGAAAAAAGACUCAGUGGCCGAAGAGAAGGUCGGACACGGAGUUCAGUCGCGAUCGCCGGGAGUGCAGAAACGGUCGCCGAAAGACGCUUUGGGCAGAAGUAUGUCUCAAAGCAAUUGCGGCCAGAGUUCCGAUUUGGCCGAACGAAUAGUGGGCGGAACCGACGCUUCCGAAGGCUCUCAUCCCUGGAUUGUAGCCAUUCUGAAGAACGGCGAGCCCUGGUGUGGGGGCUCUAUCAUUAACCACGAAUGGGUUCGCAUUCAUCCCCAAUACCAUUAUUAUUUAGACGAUCCGCCGGAAACGUCUUCGUGGGCCAUACGGGUCGGCACUAACAACAGGAACAAUGGGCCGACAUAUAAGAUAAAGAAAGUGAUAACUCACGAAAGGUUUAAUUUGGACGGAAUGUUAAACUCAGACAUAGCGAUGAUGAAAGUGGCCAAAGAGAUCAAGUUCUCCAACAAUGUUAAGCCGGUGUGUCUGCCGGACAACAGCUACGACGAGCCGUUGACCAUGAAGAUGAUAGUGGCCGGUUGGGGUGCCGUCAAGUUCGACGACGACAACCUUCCCGUCAAACUACAGGACGUCACUCUGAAUCUGGUCAAAGACGCCGAUUGCGCCCAAAAAUACAAAGAGAAAAAGUAUACACUCUAUAAGUCACAGCUUUGCACCUGGAAUUACAAACAGGACGCCUGUCAGGGAGAUUCUGGCGGACCGAUGGUAGAAAUCGGUAAACAUGUGUAG